UCCGCCUCAUGACAAUCCCGAGCUCUCGCUGUGGGGAAAUAACUCAGGGAGUAGGCACGGCUCUUGUUCUCGAUCGAUCGGACGCCCCCAAACCUCCACUUUUCCGUGCUCUUCGAAACACUGUUCUUCGAGAAGUAAUCGAGAAGAAAGAACGAUGGAGAGAAGGGAGAGAUCGAUCCAAUUCGCGGAGGUCUUAUUGAUUCUAGGGCUUCUCCUCAGCUGCCCUCAACGUCUCUCCGCUCUCUCCAUCACCGUAAACGAUGUGGAGUGCGUGUACGAUUAUGUGCUCUACGAGGGCGAUACCGUUUCAGGUAACUUCGUUGUCGUCGAUCAUGAUCUCUUCUGGAGCUCCGAUCACCCGGGCAUCGAUCUGGUGGUGACAUCUCCAGGGGGAAACACUGUGCACUCUAUGAAGGGAACUUCGGGUGACAAAUUUGAGUUUAAGGCUCCACAAGCUGGAAUGUACAAGUUUUGUUUUCAUAACCCAGACAGAACACCAGAGACUGUGUCUUUCUACGUGCAUGUUGGUCAUAUUCCCAACGAGCAUGACCUGGCCAAAGAUGAGCAUUUGGAUCCCAUAAAUGUAAAGAUUGCACAGCUUAGGGAAGCAUUGGAGUCCGUUACAGCAGAACAGCGGUACCUGAGAGCACGUGAAGCUCGCCACCGCCAUACAAAUGAGAGUACUAGAAGGCGCCUUAUCUUCUAUACAAUAAUGGAGUACUUGGUGCUAGCAUGUGCUAGUGGACUUCAGGUAGUCUACAUCCAUCGUCUGUUCAACAAAUCCGUGGCAUAUAACAGAGUUUAAUGCUUCAGAUGUUAUCAACUCUGCAAUUUAAUAUGUUUUUUUCAUAUCCUCCAUAGUUUUUUAAUUUAAAUAAAACAAAGUUUUUUGGUCAUCUUUUGUAUCUUUAGCUUCAUUCAGCAGCUGAGCUGAGUUCGUGAGUUUUGUUUAGAGUUUUCUCGUCUUGUAAUCACAAGGAUUAUAUUUAUUCUAAUGAUUUAUGUUACCCGACAAGAAAGGAGAAGAAAAAUGGCUGGCUUGUGCUCACGAAGUGAGCGAAUGCAGACUGAUUUUGGAUAUCCUAUCCUUUCUGAAACUAUAAUUU